UUCGCACCCCCCAUCUCGCGAUGCUUUCGAUCCUCUCGCAGUCCGUCGCGCUGAACGCGCCGCUCCGCCCGACGCCGGUGCAGCGCGCGGUGUCGCCGCAGAUGGCGGACAUCUCGGCCUUCGGCGACAUCUGGGGCAUCGAGGCCAAGGAGGCCGUCUUCAACGCGUGGGACCCGGAGAAGCCGCGGGACUACUCCAACUUCAACCCGUUCGAGCGCAACCUUGAUGGUGCCAUGUCGGACAUGAACGGCUGCUUCCCGGGCGAGUCGCGCGGCUACAAGCCGCCCAACCGCCCCGACGCCAGCUGGGCCAUCAUGCAGGAGGAGGCCAAGAAGAUGGAGGUGAUCAAGAAGGACCCGAAGUACGGCCUCUCCGGCAAGCCGGGCUGCUACUCGCUCAAGUGGCAGGAGAACCUGGGCGCCCCGCCCUAGAGGCCCGCGCAGAGGGCCCUCUCGCUCGCUCGCUCGCUCCUCCUCUCUAGGUAGCACGCUCAUGUACAUCUCUCCCCCUUGGCCUCGCGCCGACGAGCCCGGGACCAGCCCGGGACACUGCCUGUCGUUUGCUUGGAGCGCACUGCUUGCCCGUCUUGGUUCUCAAGAUUUUCGUGUUCGGAAACAAAUUCUCUUUGCUC